UGAAUAAUAAAACAAAUUCAUAAAUGCAAAUAUGCACAUUCUUAUCGGUAAACGUCGUCUAAGCUGAUAACUGCAUCUCAUUUUCAAACAAGAAUUCCAAUAUGAUCAGUAACGAAAUGGAAGCGAUUCUAGUCACUGUUGGUCUUCUUGGAGCUAUAAUUUUAUUAGUUUACAAAUAUUUAAGCUGGCAUCAUGGAGUAUUUAAAGAAGUUGGUCUAGAUGGCCCAAAACCAAAUAUAUUUUUAGGAAAUUUUCCCAGCGCUAUCACCGGCAAACAGCCAGUGGUCUAUGAUGUCGAUGAAGUUUAUAGUAAAUAUAAGAACACGCAUAAAGCCAUCGGUGUCUUUAUGACUCGGAAUCCGCAAAUAUUAAUAUUAGACCCAGGGCUGGCGCAGAAAAUUAUGGUGACAAAUUUUGGAAAGUUUCGCGGCAACGUAGCAGCCGAUUUGAUAUAUAACAGAAAUGAAGAUAAGAUAGCUGCCGGAAGUCCUUUCUUUACCAGCGACGAGUCAUGGAAAGCGAAAAGGUUACAUGUAGUCGGUGGAUUAAAGCAAAACAAGCUCAGCAUGGCUUAUCCCAUUUGGAAAGGCUGCGCAAAAAAAUUGGCCAAAUAUCUCGAAAACAGAACUGCUAAUGGCAAUGCCAUCAUCGAAACAAAGAAUCUCGGCUUCUGUUUUACCUCCAACGUCUUAGGUGAGUUCCUUUGGGGCAUCGAAACGAAUGCAUUCGCUAAGUCGAACGAACCGAAUACUUUUCUGGAAAUGUCACAAAAAUGGUUGCAAUAUAUCGCUCAAUCAUUUACUGUUUAUUUCAAAUUGCUACCCGUGCCUUGGUUACGUCGCUUUGUGCAACCUCGUUUGUUUCCCUUGGCAACCGAUCGGUUCUUUACACAACUAACUAAGGAUGCCCUGGAGUGGCGUGAAAAAGAUGAGAGUAGCCAGAACAGAGUGGAUUUUCUCAACUAUCUGCGACAAUUGCAAGAAAAGAAAAAUUUAACGCUCAACGAUAUGGUCGGAUGUAUGCUGACUACAACGCUGGAUGGUUUCGAGACAUCGGCGACGGUGCUCUUCCAUACAAUAUUUUAUUUGGCGCAUCAUCCGCAGUACCAAGAGAAGCUGCGUAUGGAGAUCUUAGCAAAUCUCGAGGAGGAUGGUUUUGUGAGCUAUCAAAAAUUGUGUGCUUUGUCGUAUUUGAAUCAGUGUGUCAAUGGUGCGUCUUUUAAGCUAAUAUACAGUGGGGGGGCGUAUAUGACGAUUUUUGUUAAAUAUUUAACCACUUGGAAAAUCAUAAUGGAUACUUACAGCAAUACCGCAAAAAAACGACUACAAUACGCUAUUCGUUUUACACAAUUCGCCACACAAAUUGAUUUUUUAGGUAAUGUUUUGAUGUCGGAUGAAUCGCAUUUCCAAGCAAAACUGUAG